AUGGUCUCCGCGGGCGAAGCGGAGCGGUACUGCAAGGAGAAGAGGGAUGCGGCGUUCACGACCCAGGCGCCUCACACACCGGCGAGCCCACACACACGCCCCCAAGCCCUCCAGCAGAAGCGGCGCCUGCACGGCCACAUCCGCAAGGUGCAGGGCAUGUCGUGGGGCGCCGACUCACGCUCGCUCAUCGCGUCGGACCAGGGGAGCAAGACCAUCAUUUGGGACCUCGCAUCGGACCGGGUCCCCAUGAAGAGGAAGGUCAUAUCGCGCCCGUUCAUCAUUGCCGUCGCGAUGCACCCCACACGCGACCUCGUUGCGAUCGGGGGCAUGGACAACGUCGUGUCGGUCUGGUCGACCGACGGCGACGGCGCCGAGUGCUCCAUGACUCGGCAGCUGGAGCAGCAUGACGGCUACAUCUCGAGCCUCCACUUUCCCGACGAGUCGCAGAUGCUCUCGGCGGGGGGCGACGCGGAGGCCGCCCUGUGGGACGUCGCGACGUGGAAGGCUAAGCAAGUCUUCCGCGGCCAUGAGGGCGACUGCUCGUGCAUCCGCUUCCCGGCGGGCGUUCCCGGCAGCCAGGCGUUUUGCACGUCGUCCAGCGACGGCACAGCUCGCGUGUGGGACAUGCGAUCAGGGGAGUGCACGCACAAGUUCGACGUCGUCGGCGAGUGCAACGGCUGCGCCUUCUUCCCGAGCGGGACGGCGGUCGCCGCCGGCACGCAGAACGGCAGCGUCUUCCUCUUUGACCUCCGGGCGCAAGCGGCGCUGCAAAAGUACAGCCGGAAAAACAACCACGUGACGGCGGUCGACUUUUCCCAGUCGGGCCGCACCAUGUACGUCGCCUACGAGGACGGGCACGUCUGCCUGUGGGACCCCCUCGCCUCGUCGGAGUCGGGGUACGCCAAGAAGGUUGCGGCGCACGUGAAGAACCAGAACCACGACUCACGAAUGCGUGUCAUCUCCUGCAUGCAGAUGUCACCCGACGGGACGUGCCUCGCGACGGGCGCGUUCGACGCCACAAUUUGCCUCUGGGGGCCGGGGAAGUCCUAG